AUGCCGCACUUUGCUAGCGCCCUUGAAGGUAGGCUCCCCGCCGGAGCCGCGGGAAUCCGUCUCAAGUCGAUCCAAGGCUUGCUCUCCCUCCUUUUGCUGGUUUUUGUGCUCUCCGCUCAUGCUCUCCCUGCUCCUGCUCGGAGAUCCAUCCUCAGGCCUAUGGGCGCCAUCGACGCUCGCCAUGCUGGCAUGCAGCGUCAGUGCAGGCUGACAUGCUUGCGGGGGGGGCAAGAUGCGCAAGGAGAAGAGACGGAGGGGGAGGUGAACCGUGAGAGCAAGGACGGCAGCGCUGAGGAGGAGGACGGAAGCUCCCCAGGAAGUGCGGGCGCUGAUGCGAGCAAGGAGGAUGGGGAGCAGGAGGCGGAGAAUGAGCAGGAGGGUGCGGGUCAGACUCCGGCACCCUUCGUGCAUAGAGCAGCGUUUGGUAUCCCCGUGCCCAACGAGCUCGCAGCGUCCGUUGUGAACCUGCUGAUCAGCGUGGGCUGCAUCCUGCUCACUGCCGUGCUGAGGGCAGGGUACCUGUACAGGGGGCAGCAGCCGCCCAAUCCAGGGGCGAUGCAGGUGACCAUGAACGUGCUGAUGGGGAUGAGCAGCGUUCAGUUGCUGUUCAUCGUGCACAGGCUGCUGGUCCAGGCGGCUCCCACGAUCAAGAACGUGUACAGGGACGUGUUCCAGCCCGGUGAGCCCCCGAAGACGAAGGAGGAGGCGAUGGCGAAGAGGAGGAGGCAGCGGGUAGCGCUAAGGGUCAUGCGGACAAUAUCUACCAUCAUGUUCAUGGCGCUGUACAGGGCCAGAGGAAGGAUGAGCAAGAGCGAUGGAGGAGGAGGAGGAGGAGGAGGAGCGCAGGCAGCAGCAACGGUAGCGUCCUUGGCUUCCACCUUCUCCUCGCUCAAGAGCUCGGCGAGAUGGAUGUGGAUGUCGGCGCUUGAGAGUAUCUUCACGCUCCUCGGAGACGAGCUGGCGCUGCUGGGCCUUUACGUGGCGGAAGGAAGGGAGCUCACGGAUGAGCAGAAGGCGAGGGUGGCGCAGCUUGUGAAGGAGCAGGAGGAGAGAGAGGCGGCAGAGAAUGGCGAGAACCUUGGGGACGGCAAGGAGGAGGAGGAGGGAGGAGAGGAGGAGAAGGAGGGGAGUGGAGAGCAGAGGGAGGGGAUGGAAUUGAGGAAACCUGGUCUGGAGGGACUGCUGUCUGGAAUUGGCUCGUUCUUUGCAAGGAGGAAGGAGGAGGCUGCUGCUGUUGCCAGCCCUCCCCUGAGAGAGGAGGAAGAGGAGGUGCGAGAGAAAGUCAGGAGCGACUCUUGCCCUGUUGACAGCCGCGGGGAGGAGGUGGCAGCGCCCGGUCUGCGAGGAAGCGAGGAAAGAGCUGAAGUGCAAGCAGAGGAGGAGGAGGAGGAGGUGAACGCUGGCCCUGAUCUAAGCUUGCGGAAGGAGAGGAGGAGGAGGAGGAGCAAGGUUUGA